CUUUUAUUUGGCUCUCUUGUUGACCCAAAGUGCUGGCUGCGUCACCACGUAUCGUCACGAUUCCUCUCUCUCUCUCUCUCUCUGGGUCGCUGCUCUCUUCUCAACCCCAAGGCAACCGGGAUAAGUACGGCCACGUUACCAGAGAAGGGCGACGUCUUCGUACCUCCCACGGACGCCACUUGCUGCGUGCUUGUCAGAAGUCAACCACCUUCGUGAGCAGCCACUUAGAGAUCACAAUUCUCGGGCGUCCAAAUCAACCCACCACCUGCUCGAUUGCACCCAGCAAAACCACCAUUGAGUAUUUCACGCUUCUUUCUUGACGAGUAGUGUUCUGUCUCAGUGCGAAGCUCCACAAAAAGACAUGCACAGUUGCACUUACUUUAAAUCAGCACGCCCACCGAACAAAAAAGCUGAGCUUGUCCGCUUACGCCGCUGCAAUCCACAUCGGCAUGUUGGCGGAUCGUUCCAAAUGUCAACGUUCCACGGGUGUAUUAUAAUGCUUAGAUUCUUUCUUCCUCCACUUAAAAAUCCAUCCGCAGCCCCACUUUGUUCAACGACCAAAGCCCAAAAGAAAAGAGGAGGAGGAGGAAGAGAAGAUUGCAGUGAGAGAUGAAGCUGGUUUGGUGCCCUGAGACUGCCUCCAAGGCCUACAUCGACGCAGUCACGGCCCUCGCCGAUCGGAACCUCGAGGAGAUCAACGUCGCCGAGCUGGUCUCCGCCAUGGCUGGGGGUUGGAAAGCGCAGCUCAUCGUGGAAGCAUGGGCUCGCGAUGCCGGCGCCGCCACCGGCGUCGGGCUCCGAGCUGCCGCCAAGCACGGGCGAGGCCGCCACGUGUGCGUCGUUCCCGGAGAGCAGUCGGCGGCGGAGUACGUCGACGCGAUGCGACGGGCGGGAGCUGCGGUGGAGGCGGAGUCGGUGGUGGUGGGGGAGGCGGAAGAGGUGAUGCGGGAACUGGAGGGGGUGGACCUGAUGGUGGUGGACUGCCGGCGGAGGGACGCGGGGCGGGUGCUGAGAGAGGCGCGGCCGGGGCCGAGGGGGAUGGUGGUGGUGUGCAAGGGGGCGGGCCGGCGGCGGGGCGGGGCUGCCGUGGCGCUCGGCGCGGGGACGAGGGUGGUGCGGUCGACGUACCUGCCGGUGGGGUGCGGCGUGGAGGUGUUGCACGUGGGCGUCGGAAACGGGCCGAGCUUGGGUGGCCGCGGAGGCCGGUGGAUUAGACACGUGGAUCGUGACACCAAGGAGGAGCACGUGUUCCGCCGGCGGUGAGACCGAUCUGUGUCAACCUCUUAAUCCUGUCUUAAUCUGUUUCAGUACUCAACUAAAUCUUCUGUGAACAAGAUAUAUAAACAAGAACGCCAACAAGCUUUUGGAACUGCAA